GUACGAAAGCAGGACUGCCAACAUUGUGGAAACGUUAGUUACAGCAAUGGAUUCAGAGCUCUUUUUGUUUGUUUCUUUAUCCUCUCAUUAUCUCUCGACGUGCAUCUUAGCAUAUACGUUGUAUAACUAUGCCUAAUCUGUAAGUAACUAUUAUUUUAAUCAAGUUACAUUUUACUCUUUUAUUUUUUCAUUACACCCGAAGAACUGGGACUCUUAAAAUAUACAUGGAUUGGACUACUCUCCUGUUUUAAGAGGACUUGUUUUUCUUAAUCUGAGGGGAUUGUAUUCUACCCAAUUUCCCCUAAAGCUUUUGAUCCACUGAACGGGAACAGGACAGAAGGCGUUUUUAUUUUUGUAUAUAUACAUUUAUCAACGGACGCCUUCAUAGAACGAUUUGUUCUCUUGUAAAUACUUGUAAAUUCGAGAAAAACAUCAAUAUGCAGUGAGUAAAUUUUGCGUCUUUUUUUGACAAGCUUGUUGGUGUUGUGUUGACAAACCGAAGGGCGACGUGUAUCGAAGCGGGUGUAUCACACCACUCAUCCGGACGGGCAGUUUCAACAUGCCUCUCCUGCUGUCAAAGACAGCUCCGCGGCGCUGGUGCAGUCUGCUGUAAGCAGAAAAUUGAAAUCUCACAUCAAAGAAGGCAGUGAGAAAAGUGUGUGCUGGUUUCAGACCAUACAGAGGAGAAAGAAGUCAGUCCCUUCACUCCCAAGGAGCCACUGUAACAAUCUGCUUACUCAGCCACGAACAGGUGAUAUUAAUUGCUCUAUUAUUUUUGGAGGGAUUUUUGUAACAUGCUUUUCUACAAACUCAACUUCUUCACAUUAAGCCAAAUUUCAGCAUUAUAAUAGUGAAUACAUCCGUAUUGUACCAUUGUAUAUAUCAGCUGUGUCUUAACAGACAGUGUGUAGAAUUGAGUGAGGUGCAGGGAUAUAGACUGAGCAACCAGAAGAACAAGGAGAUUGAAAGGAAAAAAGGGAGCGGAGGGUCUCCAGCUGCUUGGACAACCUGCCAUGGCUUUGCCAGAUAACUCCAGCGGUGUUCCUGUGGAGGAGCCCCCUUUCCCCGAAAUCGUGGAGCUGAACGUGGGGGGCCAGGUGUACAUCACCCGCUACUCCACGCUCACCAGCGUGCCUGAUUCGCUCCUCUGGGAGAUGUUCAGCCGGAAGAGUACUAAAGGGCUGGCUCGCGACACUAAGGGUCGCUUCUUCGUCGACCGCGACGGCUUCCUGUUCCGCUACAUCCUGGACUACAUGCGGGAUCAGCAGCUGGUGCUCCCGGACCACUUCCCCGAGCGCGGGAGGCUGCAGCGCGAGGCCGAGUUCUUCAACCUGCCUGAGCUCGUCAAACAGCUGGCGCCCCGGAUCAGCAAGCAGAACUCUCUGGGCGACGAAGGCUGCCAGAGCGAUCCAGAGGAGUCCUCCCCCAGCGGCGACACUGCCCGUAACCUGGCAACCCUGGGGGCGGCGGCUGCUGCCUGCGCCAGCCUGGUGCCCGGGGCGGGCGGCGAGGGCAAGCGCUCUGGCUUCAUCACCAUCGGUUAUAGGGGCUCGUACACGCUGGGCCGCGACAGCCAGACGGACGCCAAGUUCCGGCGGGUGGCGCGGAUCAUGGUGUGCGGGAAGACCUCGCUGGCCAAGGAGGUCUUCGGUGAGACGCUCAACGAGAGCCGGGACCCCGACCGCCCGCCCGAGCGCUACACGUCCCGCUACUAUCUCAAGUUCACCUUCCUGGAGCAGGCCUUCGACAAGCUGGCCGACGCCGGCUUCCACAUGGUGGCGUGCAACUCCACGGGGACCUGCGCCUUCGCCCACGAGCAGACGGACGACAAGAUCUGGACCAGCUACACGGAAUAUGUGUUCUACCGUGAGUGAGCUCAGAACCUCCCUCCCCGCGUCCUCCCCCCCCGGCCUCCUGCUACUUUCUGUGACGGCUCUAACGUUGUAGAUGUAGAGAACUCCUGACUCUACCCUUCCGCCUCUUCCCAACUGCCUCCCCCCCUGAACAGUGCCCCCUGGUGUCCAUCAGAUGCUUUUUACCCUCCUUGAGUCGUCAAGUUCCAUCGUCAAGCUAACCCUGCCAUCACCUGCCAAACCACAGCUUCCCCCGUCAGCUGGAGAGACUAUACCUCCUUUUGUAACUCCCUCCCCUGUAUUUUAUAUGUGAGAAUUACUGCACAGUUAUUAAAAGAUGUAUUCAGCGAUGUUCAAUGACAAUGUGUAAGCGUAACAUUGGAGACAGGGCUCCCUGCGAAGGGCUGUGUGGAGAUUGGUGUGACUUUGCCCGAUUAUAGCAGGUGAGCAAGCCGCUUGUGAGGCUUUCCAAUCUACUCAACUGCCCACCAAAUAAUUGGAAAGCUUAUCAGCUUUGCAGAAUAUCAACAUCACUACACAAGUGGCAAAGGUUGACAUCUAAUUACAACUCCUGUCCAGAACGACUUCUUCGAAUGUUUCUGUGACCGCAGCUCUAAGGGGUGGGUUAUUUCCUAAGGUGAACUUUAAAAAGAAUGGUGUCUGCACUUUCCCAUUUGUCGUAAAGAUGUAAAUUAGCUCACAUGCUUUUGUUGUUGUUACUUUCUUUUGAUUCUGCAGUUCAGCUAAAUAAAGCCAUGGCAGUAGUUGUAGACUGCAAGUUAGAUCCAGCUCAAUGAAGUCCUAGGGCAAAGAGCACUGAGUAUUUUCCUCAUAGAGGCAGAGACUUUUAGUCCAUAACACACAAAGAAUAUAUGUGGUUGGAAAGAGUAAGCUCUGUGCUUCAGAAGAAACUAGCAUGGAUCUGACGGUGCAGGUGGGGGAAAGAGAAAUGCAAAAAGGGAAAAAAAAGAUGUAUGACUAUAAAUUAUUGCUGGUUGGAGCUGACUUUCACCAUUGCUGAAUGGUGAAUGUUGACUGAGCAGUGGAGCAUUUAGUGUUGAAAUUGCCAAACGGAAUGGGAAGCUUUACAUGACCUACCCUAUACAUAUUCUUUUUAUAUUACUAUUGUGCUGUCUUUUUCUAUUUUUUUCCAUUUUGCUGUUUGUUCUUUAAAUUACUAUAACAUCUGAGGUGUGUUUAUUGUCGCUGUUUCUUGCUUCUCUGUUGCCCAAUAGUGGGUAGGGCCCUGUGGCCCCUGCAGAUUUGUUGGAUAAAAACAGGAAACACAUUGCUCUGGCUCUGAAGUCUCUGUUUCCUGUGUCAUCUACUGAAAAUCCUGUGUCUACUAAAGAUGAAAGAUAAAAAGCAACCACAUCAAGUUGAGAUACAUGCUAAUAAUGUGUCAAACUUUUUAUUUGAAAAAACAAAUCAUGAAGCUAUUCAUUGGAGCACAGUAAACUGUUAUCAUUUUUGGGGCAAUGUUGUACAGUUUUAUAGAUUUAGCAUGAUUGUGUUGGGGUAGCUUUGUUUCGUCCCCAUUUUAGUUUCUACAGAUUCGAAGAAAAUGAUAUCUUGUUCAUAAUCAUCAUGCCUUCCUCUCUAGCUAGCUGCUGCACAACGUUUUCACAAUGUUGUUGUGAGACUGUAGCACCAUGCCAAAAUAUUUAGAACAUUGUGAAAGUGUUAUACAUUAGCUGGGCUCAAUGACAGGUGUGGUUUCAGAGCUGUGGAGAGAGAACUUGUUUCCAACUGCCUUUUUCAGGUGUAUCCUUAGUACUGCAAUUCCUAGGUCUAAGCACAGCAUUACUUACCUCAGAAAACAAGUGUGCAUUUCUUAGUCCCCCAGUUCACUUUGCAACUGGGGUUGCACAAACGCUUUCAUAACACUGGUGGCAUGAGGUUAACUCUGCAGGAGAAGAAGCAAUAGCUCAUAACAGCAUGAUGCGCACGACCCCUUCAGCUCCAUCGCGUACGCACAUGCGUGCGUCAGUUGAAUUUUCUGGUGAAGGGUUCCAUUUGACUCUCAGCCAAAGUGGCCAAACUCUGGCCGUUAUUUCUUAGAAAAACACCGGCCUACCUUUCUGUCACCCUUUUCUGCCACAUUGAGUGACAUACGGUCGCUUGAAGUUUGUCAGGCUGUCAAACGGUGGCUUUUGUCAUCUGGGGAGCCGUUUAAAGCCAAAGGGUUCUGUGAGAAAUUAGACGCACAAUGUGGCAGCAGCUCUAAUUAUUGUGUGGCUCUAUCUUGAGCACACAUACUCUUUUUCCUGCUCACAGGGCAGUCUCUGUAUUGCUCGUGCCUGGGUCGCAGGCCUAGAAGAGGUGGCAGCAGAGCUAGAAUAGAUACAAGGACGCGCAGAUAACAGGCUCUGUCAAAGCAGAUUAGAGCUCUUGUAUUGCUGCAACUAAUCUGGGUAAUUAGGACAGAGAUUUAAAUAUCUAGUAUUAGAAGAGCACUUAAAAAACAUGGGAAGUCUUAGGAACACAUCCAAAGUUGUUAUCCAAAAAAUGAGGCAAGAAUGCAAAAUUUGUUGGUGUGUGUUUGGUACAGCCUGGCAUAGUAUACAGCUCCACCCGAUUAAGUACAAGGGUUCUGCUGCAGACUCCUAAUCAAAAUUGUCUGCGCAGUGUAUUUUAUGUGUAAAAUCAAGAGAGCCUGAAUCCCUCUCCCGUUAACCCUUUGACCCAGUGGCAAUGAGGUAGAGAAAUGUCUGGCCCGAGGUCAGCAAUGCCGGAGAGUUUGCGACCGAAGAUUAAGUGUGUGCAGUGGCCUUCAGUCAAUCAGCACAGGACUGAUCCUGCUCAAAGGCCGAGAUAACUUUGUCUUGAGGCUGUAAAAACCCUCAUUCUUUGGCGGCACAUCUGAUCUGGGAAGCAGAAAGGAGGAAAUAGCAGGUAUUAGCCCUAACUGAUGUGACAAGCUCUAAAUCUCUGGGCCACAGAGCUCGGGAGGAUGAAAGCAUUCAAAGGCAGGACGCAACUGACCUUGUGCGCGCUAGGCGCAAUUCUCUGUAAGGAUUUAUUUGCUCUUUCUUCAGUCUUGUGAGUAGAAUUUCAAUAGAGAUGAUGAAUUAGGAGGUCUUUGACAAGACACAAAGGUACGAGUGUAGCAUGCAUGACCAUUAUCUGACUAUCAGUGAUUCCAUUUGUGGUGUACGGAAUAUUUCCUGUUUUUGGAACAGCACUAUGAGGAGAUAUGUCAGUAGCUACAGUUCCUUGCUGCUCAGGCAUGCAGAGGCAACUAAUGGUAGUCAGUCAUUGUAAGCAGCUUGUAACAAGAAGCUGCUAUAUAAGGUAAUAGCAUCAGCUAAACCCCCCCAAGCAAUACACACAACACAAAAAUGGCCAAAGCAUUUGAUUUGAGGGCUCCAGUAUGGCUUCAAAGCUCUUAAGAUGAACAGAGGGAAAAAGUGGCCUUGAUUGGUCUUAACCACAAUGCACGUUGCCCUUAACAUUGCCUGUGAGUCUAAGCAAGUGUUCCUUUUUCAUUAGUAACUCAACAUGUAGAAUUUGGUGGUCUCUAAAAUUAUGAAAAUUUAUUGUGGUGCAAUGGGAUACAUAUAGUUCUUGCUGAAAGCCGUCCCUCAACAGUUAAGGACUGUGCCCUUCAUUCCCCCCAGCUCCCCACUCACACAUAUCCUUAUCCCUCUUAGUUUGUCAGACCAUGCCAAUAACUGAGGUUGGAGGUUGUGUACAUGGGUUCGUAUAAACCUAUUAAAGUGCUCUCCAUUGAUUGAAGAACUUGAGAUGACUCUGAUGUGCUCAGUUAUCCAGUGUGCCAGGCUGAAAGCAGAACAGCCCCUGUUUAUUACAGUUUUGUUCAUCUUUUUUAUUUAGUGGAUUACACAAGUAUGCGUGGCAGGGCUCGUAGUGUAUUUCUGCACUGAACGCAUCCAUACACCGCUUCCUGUGUGAUAAAAUAGAGCGCUUACCACAAAUACAGCCUCAAUUGUCACCCUGUGUACAGUAUAGGCAGCAGCAGGACAAAUGAGACAUGGUUUGCAAUUAGGAAGAAAGAGCAGAAGCACGUUGGGGGAUUCCACGAAACCAGAAUGCCUGCAGAGGUUUUUAGUUUGUAUGUUGCCUUCGUCUACGUUUUUAAAUGCCUUGUGUUCAAGUUUGAACAUUAGUAGUACCACCAUCAACUGUACUGAAGCAGUGGGGACUGUAGAGGGCCAGGGACCAUAGGAGAAAUUAUUCCCCCUUUCAAGGGUGAAAAGAUGCCUGUGUUAUACUCUGUUGUGAAAACCUUGGCUAAAAAGUUUAGCAUGCAUGAAUGUGUUCCAAAUAGCUAACUCAGCUUUUGAAACUACGUCUACAAAAUAGUACAGUAUGCUUACUGCUACCAGAAUCAGACAAUAAAGUUAUUUUGUGAUGAA